AAGAGUUAAUGCAUCAUGCAAACAGCUAAAUAAAGGUUACAAUCUGAGUGGAAUUAUUCAGAGCUCAGGGAGAAAUCUGGCAUUUGCAGUCUGUCACUGGUUUUGAGAAGUCUGGCUCUCUUAGUGUCACUGCCACCCAGAGAUAUGCUGCUUUCUAUGUGACUCUAAAGGAGGGAUCUGCAGGUCUGGACUGUCUUCCUAUAAAAACAGCAAAAACAGGAGUUGUGGGUGGAAGGGAACACGGAAGGGUCAUGUGUGAAAAAUCUGCAGUAUGAUGGCUGACGAACCAAUGUCAGAACAGUGUGUGAUACCUGGUUUCCCUGGAGAGGAGAGCUGCAUGCAGAGUUAUGAAGAGCCGUGUGCCUCUUGAGAUCUACCAGUUAAAUAUUACCGUUCUUGGGCCCUGUUCUGCUUCCCAAAUUCAUCUGAUGUGAUCCUGCUGGAGCUGGAAUUCCUGGUGAACUCCAUGCCUUGGUAAAAGCUGCCACUACGAGGGACGCUAAAAGUCUUCCCUGUGCUCUCAUCCUUUGAGUACUGGACUUCUCUGACUCAUUACUGUUUCAUAUGCCUCUACCAUUGUGAUGCCAUGGUGACAGUCUGUCAUUCAGCAGCGAUUCUGCUGAGGGCUUCCUUUUUUCAUUAAAAUCUCUAGUGCUGGUGGGAAGAGUGGGACUGACAUCCCUUUAGUCUCUCAAAUCCUCGGUGCUCAGAGCAGAUUCACUCGCAUAAACUUUCCCUUCCCCGUUUUUCCUCUCCCCUUUCUGUGAUUGGCAGGUCUGGCCAAGAAGAUACCACAGAGCUGGGAGACUUGUGGCCUUUGCCAUUCUGCUGAGACUGGGGGUUAAUUGAUGCCAAGGGCCUUGGUAGUUUCUGAGCUAAAGUCGCUUGUCCCCUCAAGCAUUGACCAGAGAGCCACUAACUCAUUCCGUACUAGCUCCCAAACAGCCGUUGCAUGGAAACAUCUGCGAUCUUCCCGUGCUUUAUUGGAACUUUUUACUCCGUGAAUACAGGUCACCCUUUUGCACUUAAUCCCAGCCCGCAGCACCAGUCGCUUCCUAUAUAAUCUCCCAGAACAGCUGUGCUGUGAUUGCAUUGUGGAUUAUAAAAUGACCAGUUUCCACAAAACAGCUGCUGGCGGAAGGAUAGCAUUUAAUAAGCGCUGGGUAAGGGGAGUGAGCAAGGGAGGAGGGGAGGAGACAAAAGAAAAGGGUUUUGAAGCAGUUUGGUUUCUUGGAAGAUCAAGAGGUGAUCAAAAUAGAGAAGGCAAAGUCUGAGUCCAAUUUCUGUAGUGCUCCCCUAAAUUAACAGGACUUCAAGGACCUACUGGCAAGAUGGAGCUGCUGAAGGGGUUGCCAUGGCGCCGUGCUUUCCUGGCAGUCAUCCUGAACCUGCUGGCUCUCAGCCUUUCCACCACUGCCUUACUUGGCAGCUACUGGUGUACCGGGACCCAGAAGGUGCCCAAGCCUUUGUGUGGGAAGAGUAAAGCCAGCAAGUGCAUCGGUGUCCCCCUGCCGCCUGACGCGGGUGCUAGCAAUUCUUCAUCCCAGGACGUGGUGCACUACAGCUGGGAGACGGGGGAUGACCGCUUUGCCUUCAGAUACUUCCACACGGGCAUGUGGCUUUCCUGUGAAGAGAGCAUGGAAGGGCCAGAGGAGAAAUGCCGUAGCUUUAUUGAGCUUUCUCCACCAGCAGAGAGAGGAAUCCUGUGGCUGUCACUGGGGUCAGAGAUGCUGUAUAUUAGCCUGCUACUCAUCAGCUUCAUCCUCCUGGUGGUGGAAAUGCUACAUACUGGCAAUCCUGUCUGUGGGUUGAAGCUCAAUGCCUUCGCUGCUGUCUCCUCCGUGCUGUCAGGUCUCCUUGGGAUGGUGGCACAUAUGAUGUACACUCAAGUCUUCCAAGCAACAGUCAGUCUGGGACCAGAGGACUGGAGACCACACUCAUGGGACUACGGCUGGGCUUUCUACAUGGCCUGGGCCUCCUUCACCUGCUGCAUGGCCUCUGCUGUCACUACCCUCAAUACCUAUACCAAGACGGUGCUGGAGUUCAAACGGAUCCACAUCAAGGGCUACAAUGGGAGUUUCGAGGAUCAGCCCCAGCACCACCAGUGCUACAUACAGCAGCAGAUAAGCAGCUACUACCAGCAACGAGACAAGCCACUCCAUUCAGUCUCUGAGGGAGUCGAUUUCUACUCUGAGCUGCAGCAAAAAGUGCUACAGCGGGAACCAGAGGUGGAGCUGGACGAGGUCUUGGGACAGAGAGUCAGGGAGGACCAUUGUUAGAGAUGUGUGCAGGGGCAGAGCAGAGGGGUUUGGGAGGCACAACGGCAGCUGAGCUCUGAAUCAAACACUAGCAAGUUCUUGGAGAGCUCGUUCCUCUAAUGUUCUGGGGGAAGAGAAGGUGGGCACUGGUCCAGUGCCACAGCAGAGCCAACAGUAUCAGGAUGGGUCCACUCUGCUCACAAUUUGAGGGGGUCCUCAGUUGUGAAGAAUGAAACUGGGAGGUGGGGAGUGUGGGAUUGGAUGGGGCAUUUUGUUGGUGCCCGCUGUCUCCAAGCAUUGGCAGACAAGAGCUGAGGGAAGUGUCUCAAUCCCAACAGAACUGCAAUGCUGGAAUAGGUAUAUUCAGUGCAAUCCAGCUGGCAAGUCGCAGUGCUGGGUCUUUUUGGAUGGUGUCACACGGACCUUCCAACAACCUCAGAUCUGCCCUAAAGUGUAGGGUGUGGGUGCCCACAUCGAUUUACUGUAGUCCUAUCAGAACACCCUCUUUAUUCAUUUCCAGACCCAACAUCCUGUUCCCCCCACCCCCAGCUUAAAAAGGCUGCUGGAGUAGGGAUGAGAGGUUGCUUUCAGGCAUCUCUCUCCCCUCCUCUCUCCUAUCUGGAAUGACUCCCACAUGCUCCCUUCUUCUGCCUCUCCUCACCCCCACACCCAUUUCUUAGGCACCUUCUUACCUGUCUUCUACUGUGCUUCCCCACAACCUUUAAGAAUCCUUGUCUGAGCUUUUGCUUUAUUGUUUGCUUCUCUUCACCCCACCCCUUUCUCUCCCAUUGUAAAAAAUCCCAAACAAACCCCAAAUCAAGCAAACCUGGAAGCUCUCAAAGGAGAAACGGGGGUUCAAAUGACACACUGAUGCUGUACACAGUAUUUAUUUGCUCCACUGCAGUUCACAGUUCAAAUAAGUUUUCCCAACAAUAUACAGACAGACUCUUUAUUCACAGUGGGGAUGUGGGGGCAGAAUUCACAUUAUGGGGGAGCUGAAGUCACUGCACUUGAAUAUCAGUUCUCUCAGGAAGAACCUCAGAAGAAUAGCUACUUCAGGUAACUGCCGCCUCACCUUUUCCAGCAAGGUGGUGGCUAAGACAGGAGGGAAGAGGCACUCCUGCUUAGUCCUCCUAUGCUACUGGUCCUCACGCUUUCAGUCUGCAUUAUGCAGCUGUAUUAACUGACUGUAUAUUAUACACACUACCCCUGUCUGGAGGAAAGUCACAGGCCAAGAGCCGUUGCUACAGUAGUGCUAAUAUAUACAAAGCUAUUUACACAAAAAUACCAUUAAACAUAUACAAACUGUUAACAGGCUCUGGCUUUAAGAGGGCCCAAGGGCCAGCCUCAGGGCUUGCAGCUAAUCCUGAAGAGCUACCCUGGAAGCUUUUUACAGAGAUGCAGGGAGGGGGAAGUGAGAAGGUGAUGGUGCAAGGAAAGGUGUAAAGAGCAAACCCAUGGUAGAUCUGCCCAUCUGCAGGGAAGCUCAAAAUCCUGCAAUCCUGCCUCACUACUCACAGGGACGUGCACAGAGUCAGGAAGGGAGUCAUGUCAGCAGGAGGACAGAAGAGCCGUUUGCUAUCCUGACCUCAGCCUGGCUCUGCCUAAUGUAAAAGGUCAGGCCUAGAAAGGCAUAUUGAGAAAGCACUUUCUAGUGUUGCCCUGCAGUAUGGGGAGCCACUGGGGCACCAGAGUGCCUGGUUUAUGUAUGGUCAUGUCUAUUACAAGAAACUUCAUGUAGAUGCUCUGCAAGUACAACACAGGAAACUGACAGCACACUAAGAGGCACAGUUCAAAGCACAAAACAUAUCAAGAGCAAACAUGCCCUGAGGGUAGUCUGUUCCUGCUGGAACUGCACACCGGGCCAGGCUGGUAGGGGAAUGAUAGUUAAGCCCACUAUAGUGUGCCCACUUACUAUAGUAAGCCCACUAUUCCAGUGCUAGUCUGUGCAGUGUUGUUCCUCACUGUUACAGCAGGGAAUCCCUCAGGCUGGUAUAACUUUGGGAUCAAAACGUACAGGAAAGUUUUCCAGCUCUGCCUCUUUGUUUGAGCCUCCAUACCCUGAAGCAGUGGUGUGAGAAGAAACAGCCUUUCUGUGCCUGGAUCUAGUGUGAUUUUUUAAGUGCGACACUCACUAGCUGGGAUCUGCUGGGAAUCUAGCAGAAAAGGGCUACGGUGCAUUGCAAAGGGGGACUCAGCCCACUGGGCUGCAGUGGGAGAGAGGCAGUGUGAUGUUACACUGACACUCUGGGCUCAUAAAAAGCUUAGGGGUGGAAGAAGAGGAGAUAGAAAUGAGAUGUGAACCUUUGCUUCUACAUCACCCACAUGAACGUGUCUUGAACUUGGGACUGGGAAGAGAAAUACACAAGUGCAAGGCCUGGGAAAUGGUGUGGUGACCUUCUUUCCUAGAUCAGAUAACUCAGCCAGAGAGCUAGCUAGUUUGUGAAUUUGGGAACAGAAUGGAGAAGAGGGAUGAGCGCUCAGAAGAGGCUGUGGACAAGAUGAGCCCUGCAGCGGCCAGGUAGAGGCUUCUCUCAAACAAUAUAAA